GAACAUAAGACUAAGUAACUCCCCGCAACCAUUUUCCCCUAGAACAUCAUUUUAUAUUUUAUACAUCACAUCACAAUGUCGGGAUUUAAGGAUACCUUGAAAAGUGGAUGGCAUCCAAAAGGUAAAGAUGGAAAACCUAAGGAAAGUUGGAGAGGUGAUUUUAAGGGUCAAGUAGCUGGAUUGUAGGUUUAUCCCCCUUUUCCGAACGAAACGAAUGAGUUUAGAACUCAGGGUAUACUGUAUUUCUUGAGCUAAUCUUCAAUCCAAUAGGGUAGGAAAGGGUAAAGAUCCAAGAGAAGAAGCUCUAGAACAUCAAUCUAGACCAUUAUCAUCACUAAAAGAUCCUGCAUCAUUCGGUCCACCACCAAAAAGUGUUAAAUACCAUGGAGCUGCGGCUUUACCACCUCCAACUAAUCUAUCCAGUCAAACGAGAUCAGAUGCAGGAGGAUGGGGAGCUCCAAUACCACAAAGUGAAAUAAGAGCAAAAGAAGAGGCGGAAGAAGAGGAAAGAAGAAGACAAGAAGAAGAAGCGGCGAAACCUAAACCACCACCAAUGCCAUAUCGUGCGAACACGACAGGAUUAUCUAUAGCACAUUUACCACCACCUCCUGGAAGAAAAGAUGGCGCAGAUGGUAGGACACCUCCUAUGAAUUCUAUAGCUGGUACAUCACAACCUCCUAGUUUACCACCUAGAUUACCACCACGUCAAAAUUCUAAUCCAUCAUCAUCGGCACCUUCACCUCCUCCUACAUAUGGCACGGCUACAUCGGAUGCGGAUCCACAUAAGGGUGUAUUGAAUCAAGGAGCAUUGAGUAGAUUAGGAGCAGCAGGAAUAUCAGUACCUGGAUUUGGAAUUGGAUCUACAAAAUCUAAACCAGCAUUACCACCACCUGCACCAACACGAAGUUCAACCAAUUCAUCACCUACACCUCCUGCGAGAACAUCUUCACCGCAAUUACCCGCAAGAACAUCUUCACCACAAAUACCUGCAAGAACUUCAUCACCACAAUUAAACGAACUUCAAUCUCGAUUUUCUAGACUUACAUCCUCAUCAUCAUUAACCUCUUCAUCUCCUAAACCCUCACCUCCAACCGAAGGAACUACCUUUGCACAAAAACAAGCAGCCCUAAAAACCGCAUCGGCAUUCCACAAAGAUCCAUCAUCAAUCUCAUUAUCCGAUGCCAGAAGCGCUGCAAGCACAGCAAAUAAUUUCAGAGAAAGACACGGAGAACAAGUAAAAUCCGGUUGGGCAUCUGCGAAUAAAUUAAAUACAAAAUAUGGGAUUGCAGAUAAAGUUGGAACAUAUGGAGCUCUUGCACAAGGAAGUGAUACUUCACCUAGUAGAAAUGAUGGAACGGUAGAACAUUCAUCUAGUCCGACCAGACAUGGUUUAAAUGGAUUAAAUGUACAAUCCGUUUUGGGGAAAAAGAAACCGGCGCCUCCGCCUCCUCCUAAGAAGAGGUCGGAUUUGAGUACUCCUGGAAAUGCAACUCCGCCGCCUAUUCCUAAGGCGACUAAACCUAAGCCUUUGAUUAGUGGUCAAUACUAGGUAUCCUUAGUUGUAUAAUUAAUAUUUUUAUUUUAUAUUUUGAAUGUUGAAGCUUUUUAUUAUUAUUGUUAUUAAAUAAAUAUAAAUUUAUAAAAAUAUAUAUAUAUAUAAAUAAUAUAUAAAUUAUUAAAUAUAAAAACCAGGGGCCUGCGCCCACCGGACCCUUGGCU